AUGGUUUCCUUCAUCCUCUGCCUUCUCCCUGCUCUCCUAGCUACAACGAGUGCACAAGCUGCGAUCCUGACAUGUGACACGUGCUUUGGUCAAACGGAGACCUGCAAUUUCGCUCCACGAAACUGCCAAGUCAACAAGGCUACCGGUGGCUGCCUCUCCGUGGCGGAAGAUAUUAAAUUGGGUGGGUCACAGAACACGAACUUCUACAAAGAGUGUCUGAGUAACUAUAAGAGUGACAUAGAAGUCCCCAUCUCCUUCACUGUUGGGAAUGGCAAUUACGUGAGGAUCAACACUACACGAUGCAACACAGAUAAUUGUAACUCGGCUGUACCUGGAAUGCCCACGGGGAGCACCACCGCGAACGGGCUGCAGUGCCCAACCUGCUUCGCUCUCAACUUCGCUCCCUGCAACAGCUCAGUCACCCCUUGUACUGGGGAUGAGACCUACUGCAUCGAUUUCGUUGGGUUUCUACACAAAGGUUCAUCUCCUUCGCCAUUUCAAGCAAAAGGCUGCACUACAGCGUCUCCUCAGGUCAUUAAACCUGGAGCCAUCCUGACUACGGCACUGUACACAUUUGACUUUCUGGGGGGGGCCUGUGUUCUGGCGGAGAAAAUACCCACGAACCCCCCCUCCACAACUGCUGCCUCUCUAGAAACAACCAACCCUGCCCCUAAUAAAACCACUACCACACUCCCUGCUUCAACCACCACCACUACCACCCCCAGCGCAACCAUCACUACCCCUGAAACAACCACCGCCACCACCACCUCUCCUGCUACAACCGACAGCACCCCCAACACAACCACCACCCCUAACACAAUCACCACCACUGCCAACACAACCCCCACCCCUGAAACAACCACCACCACUCCUGCUACAACCGACACCACCGCCAACGCAACCACCACCCCUGAAACAACCACCACUACUCCUGCUACUACCGACACCACCCCCAAUGCAACCACCACUACCCCCGAAACAACCACCACCACCACCACUCCUGCUACAACUGACACCACCACCAACACAACCACCAUCCCUGAAACAACCACCACCACUCCUGCUACUACCGACACCACCCCCAACACAACCACCACUACCCCCGAAACAACCACCACCACCACCACUCCUGCUACAACUGACAGCACCCCCAACACAACCACCACCCCUGAAACAACCACCACCACCACCACUCCUGCUACAACCGACAGCACCCCCAACACAGCCACCACCCCUAACAUAAUCACCACCACUGCCAACACAACCCCCACCCCUGAAACAACCACCACCACUCCUGCUACUACCGACACCACCCCCAACGCAACCACCACUACCCCCGAAACAACCACCACCACCACCACCAAUCCUGCUACAACCGACAGCACCCCUAACACAAUCACCACCACUGUCAACACAACCAUCACCCCUGAAACAACCACCACCACUUCUGCUACUACUGACACCACCCCCAAUGCAACCACCACUACCCCUGAAACAACCACCACCACCACUCCUGCUACAACCGACAGCACCCCCAACACAACCACCACCCCUAACACAAUCACCACCACCGCCAACACAACCACCACUCCUGAAACAACCACCACCACUUCUGCUACUACCGACACCACUACCAAAACAACCACCGCCACCAUCCCCAACAUAACCACCCCCCUCAAUGCAACCACCACCUCCCCUACAACAACCACCACCCCUGACACAAAUACCACAAACAAAACAACCACCAUCCCCAAAACAACACCCACCCCUACAACCAUCACCACCAACAAACCCACUGCUCCACCCAAAUCACCCACCACCAACAAACCAACCGCUUCCACCACCAGUGGGGGCAGCCCGUCUCUGGAGAGAUUCUCCUUCGCCCUCUACCUGCCUGGCCUGACUGGGCUGCUGCUGGUGAAGCUGCUCUCCUGA